UUGGCUCCCACUACUCUCCGGGGGCGGGGACAGUUGGGGGCGGCGGUGGUGGUGGCGGCGGUGGCGGCGGGGGUGCGGUUGUGCCCUUCGGGCCCGUGAUGCCCAAACAGGCGCAGGGCCUGAGCAUCGCGGUGAUCGUGGUGGGCAACUCUAGCGAGAUGACCCUCGGCGGCGACGGCAUGGACAAACAGGACUUCCUGCUGCUGCCCGUGCCGCCCAAGGUGGACCUGGUCACCAUGAACGAGACGGACCCCAAGAGCAUCAUCAACCGGAUCUGCACGCUCAUGAUGCGCAACUGGCUGCAGGGCGUGGUGUUCGGCGACGACACCGACCAGGAGGCCAUCGCCCAGAUCCUGGACUUCAUCUCGGCCCAGACGCACAUCCCCAUCCUGGGCAUCCGAGGAGGCUCCUCCAUGGUCAUGGCCGCCAAGGAUGAAGACUCCAUGUUCUUCCAGUUCGGGCCGUCUAUCGAGCAGCAGGCCUCUGUGAUGCUCAACAUCAUGGAGGAGUACGACUGGUACAUCUUCUCCAUCGUCACCACCUACUACCCCGGGUACCAGGACUUCGUCAACAGGAUUCGCAGCACCAUAGAUAACAGCUUUGUGGGCUGGGAGCUGGAGGAGGUGCUGCUGCUGGACAUGUCGGUGGACGACGGCGACUCCAAGAUCCAGGACAAGCUGAAAAAGCUGCAGAGUCCCGUCAUCCUGCUCUACUGCACCAAGGAGGAGGCCACCACCAUCUUUGAGGUGGCGCAUUCCGUAGGGCUCACCGGCUAUGGGUACACCUGGAUCGUACCAUCACUGGUGGCGGGGGACACCAACAACGUGCCUGCCUUGUUCCCAACAGGUAUGAUAACAGUGUCUUAUGAUGAGUGGGACUACGGGCUGGAGGCGCGGGUGCGUGACGGGGUGGCCAUCAUCGCCAAGGCAACCUCGCGCAUGAUGCUGGACCGCGGCUCAACCACACUGCUCAAGUCCAGCUGCCAGGACAUGUCCAACAAGAAGGGUGCCAAGACAGGCCACUCCAACGACAUCAAGAAGUAUCUGAUGAAUGUGACUUUCGAGGGAAGGAACCUGUCGUUCAGUGAGGACGGCUACCAGAUGCACCCGAAGCUGGUCAUCAUCCUGCUGGACAAGGAGAGGCAGUGGGACAAGGUGGGUAAGUGGGAGAACGGCUCCCUGACCAUGAAGUACCACGUGUGGCCGCGCUUCGAGCUCUACUCGGGCACGGAGGAACGUGAAGACGACCACCUGAGCAUCGUCACGCUGGAGGAGGCGCCCUUCGUCAUCGUGGAGGACGUCGACCCGCUCAGCGGCACCUGCAUGCGCAACACCGUGCCCUGCCGCAAGCAGCUCAAGUACAACAACACGACGAUUGCCUCGGGGAUCUACAUCAAACGCUGCUGUAAGGGCUUCUGCAUUGACAUCCUCAAGAAGAUCGCCAAGGGCGUGAAGUUCACCUACGACCUGUACCUGGUGACCAACGGCAAGCACGGCAAGAAGAUCAAUGGCACCUGGAACGGCUUGGUGGGAGAGGUGGUAGAUAAGAAUGCUCACAUGGCAGUGGGCUCACUCACCAUAAACGAGGAGAGGUCGGAGGUCAUUGACUUCUCUGUGCCCUUCAUCGAGACGGGCAUCAGCGUCAUGGUCUCGAGGAGCAACGGCACUGUCUCGCCCUCCGCCUUCCUCGAGCCCUUCAGUGCGGAUGUGUGGGUGAUGAUGUUUGUCAUGCUGCUGAUCGUGUCGGCGGUGGCCGUUUUUAUAUUUGAGUACUUCAGUCCGGUGGGCUACAACCGCUGCCUCGCAGACGGACGAGAGCCCGGCGGUCCCUCCUUCACCAUCGGCAAGGCCAUCUGGCUGCUGUGGGGCCUGGUCUUCAACAACUCCGUGCCGGUGCAGAACCCCAAGGGCACCACCAGCAAGAUCAUGGUGUCGGUGUGGGCCUUCUUCGCCGUCAUCUUCCUGGCCAGCUACACUGCCAACCUGGCCGCCUUCAUGAUCCAGGAGGAGUACGUAGACCAGGUCACCGGCCUCAGCGACAAGAAGUUCCAACGGCCGAACGACUUCUCUCCCCCCUUCCGCUUCGGUACGGUGCCCAACGGCAGCACAGAGAGAAACAUCCGGAACAACUACAAGGAAAUGCACAGCUACAUGACCAGCUUCCACCAGAAGAACGUGGACGAGGCCCUGCACAGCCUGAAGACAGGGAAGCUGGACGCGUUCAUCUACGACGCGGCGGUGCUGAACUACAUGGCGGGGCGAGACGAAGGCUGCAAGCUGGUGACCAUCGGCUCCGGCUACAUCUUCGCCACCACGGGGUACGGCAUCGCCAUCCAGAAGGACUCCAUGUGGAAGAGGCAGGUGGACCUGGCCAUCCUCGCCCUCUUCGGAGACGGUGAGAUGGAGGAGCUGGAGUCGCUGUGGCUGACGGGCAUCUGCCACCACGAGAAGAACGAGGUGAUGAGCAGCCAGCUGGACGUGGACAACAUGGCGGGUGUCUUCUACAUGCUGGCGGCGGCCAUGGUGCUCUCGCUGCUCACCUUCAUCGCCGAGCACCUCUUCUACUGGCAGCUGCGCUUCUGCUUCAUGGGCACCUGCACGGGCCAGCCCGGCCUCACCUUCUCCAUCAGCAGGGGCAUCUACAGCUGCAUCCACGGCGUGCAGAUCGAGGAGGAGAAGAGCUCGGCGCUGCACUCCCCCUCGGCCACCAUGAACGCCAGCAUGAGCAACACGCACUCCAACAUCCUCCGCCUGCUGCGCACCGCCAAGAGCAUGACCUCCGUGCCCGGGGUCAACGGCUCGCCGCACCGCGCCCUCGACUACCCGCCGCACCGCGAGUCCUCCAUCUACGACAUCGCCGAGCACCGGCGAAGCCUGGGCCCGGCAGCGGCGGCGGGACACCCCGACUGCAAGCCGCCCCCGCCGUACCUGCCCGAGGACGCCAUGUUUGCCGACAUGGAUCGGACUUUUGGGAACCUCCACCUGAAGGACAGCAACCUGUACCAGGACCACUACCUGCAGCACCACCACCUCCACCACCACGGUCACCAACAGGGGGCGCUGCAGCAGCAGGGCCCGACCGGGGGACCGGGCCCCGGUCUGCCUCUGGGUAUGUCGGCUCCCCUGGGCCUUGCGAGGCCGCAUAGCUUAGGCAGCACCACCUCGCUGGAUGGGGGGGGCAUGUUCGAUAGCGACAGUCUCGGGGGAGGGGUGGCGCCGAUCUUCACCACCCAGCCACGCCAGUCCAUGACACAGCGGGGGGGCAGUAAGUUUGACCUGAUCGCUGGGCAUCAGACACACCAGAGCUCGGGGUUCAAAGGAGCCGCUCCCGACCUGUAUGGUCGCUUCUCCUUCAAGGGUGGCGCCGGAAGCUCAGGGUUCCUGGCUGGACAUGAUCGCUACUGCAGUGGAGGAGGGGGAGGGGGGGCCGGGUCAGGCGGGGACGAUGGCAACGUUCGCUCUGACGCGUCGGACAUCUCCACACACACGGUCACCUACGGCAACCUGGAGGGCAACGCCAAACGGCGCAAGCAGCAGUACCACGACAGCCUUCGGCGCCGGCCCGCCUCGGCCAAGCUGCGGCGCGAGCAGGACGACUCAGACUUUGGGUUCCGGCGGCGGCAGCACCACCACACCAUCCACCACCACCACCACCAUCACCAUGGCGGCCGUCGCUCCGCCUCGCCACCCCUGGAGCGCAGUGCCAGCGCCAAGGGCAACCACUCGUCCUCGUCCUACCUGUUACGCGACAAGGACAACCUCCGGGACUUCUACAUGGACCAGUUCCGCGCCAAGGAAGGCAUGUCGCCGUGGGAACACGUGGAUCUGACCGAUGCUCCCGGGCUAGGUGGCGGGGGAGAGAGAGGAGGAGGAGGGGCUAACACCAACCUUGGGCCCGUGGAGGAUUUCCUGAAAGGUAAAGGCAAGAAGACGGAGGGGGGCGGCAUCGGCGGAGGGAAGGUUGGUGGAGGAGGAGGAGGAGGAGGAGGUGGCGGAUCUUCGCCAGGCCCUCCGGGGCCUCAUGCAUGCUGGGAUAAGAGCCUAGGGGUGGGCGGCUUGGCGGGCGGAGACUGGGAGUGUCGCAACGUCCACGCUGGCGGUGGUGGAGGAGUCAGCGGUGGCAAGGCAAUGGUACUGCAUGGGGGCAUGGCAGUGGGUGGGUACCAAGGCAUGGGGGCUGUGGUCGGGGGAGGGGGAGGAGAGAGAGAAAGAGAAAGAGGUGGCGGCAGCGGUGGGGGGGGAGCCGACCGAGCUCGGCCUCCUGCAAGCGCUGUGAUUCCUGCAACAAGCAGCCCGGCAACCUGUACAACAUCAGCGAGGACUACAACCAAUCACGUCACGCCAACAAGGCCGGGGCGGGAGGGAAGGCCAGCGGUGGCGGUGCUGCCCAGCGCCGCAAAACUGGGCCGGGCGGGCGGGUCUUGCGCCGCCAACACUCCUACGACACCGUUGUGGAGUUGCAGAAGGAAGGGGCGGGUCGCGGGGGUGGAGCUGGGGGCAGGUACGGAGGGGGUGGGGGAGGAGGGGCCUCCAUGCUCCCGCCCCCCAGAAGUGUAAGCCUGAAAGACAAAGAGCGCUUCCUGGAAGGUCCUAGCCCCUACACGCAGAUGUUUGAGCGCUACGCGGGGUCCGAGCGCGACCGUGACAGGGAAAGUGGAGCCUUCAUGGG